GCUAAACGUGCGAACAUGAAUAUGAUGAGAGUGUGGGGCGGAGGGGUGUAUGAGUCGGACCUGUUCUACGAGUUGGCCGACGAGUACGGGAUUAUGAUUUGGCAGGACUUCAUGUUUGCCUGCGCUUUAUAUCCGGCCCACAAAGAGUUCUUGGAUUCAGUUAACAAUGAAGUGAUCACUCAAGUCAGGCGUAUUCAACACCACCCAUCCAUAGCUAUUUGGUCCGGGAACAACGAGAAUGAGUACGGAUUGAAAUAUUGGUGGUAUGACGUGAAGAACUAUUGGCCAGAUUAUAGGGCCCUAUAUGUGAACACUAUCGGCAAAACACUGGCCGCAGAGGACACUACCCGUCCGUACGUGUCUUCGAGUCCGUCCAACGGUUUGGAGACAAUCAAAGAGAACUACACCUCUAGUAAACCGGAUGACGAACUGUACGGCGAUAUUCACUAUUACAACGACAACUCCUCCCUCUGGGACUGGACAUCGCUGUCGAGCCCCCGGUUCUCCUCGGAGUACGGCUACCAAUCCUAUCCAUCCAUUGAGACACUGCUGGAA